AUGUUCCUGGUUGCGGUCGACGCUCACUCCAAGUGGCCGGAGGUGUGCCAAAUGCGAGACACGUCCGCGGAAAACACAGUAAACCGUCUCCACGAAAUCUUCUGCAGGUUUGGUUACCCUGAAGUUGUGGUAUCUGACAAUGGACCGCAGUUCAUCUCAGCUGUGUUUUCAAACUACCUUAAGAGCAUUGGCACGCGCCAUGUAAGGGCGUCAGCCUACCAUCCGAGCAGUAAUGGACAAGCUGAACGAUUUGUCCAAACUUUGAAAGCGGCACUGCGGAAAAGUACUGCCGCGAGCUUAAGCACCACGUUGGGAGAGUUUUUGUUGUCUUACAGGAACACUCCACAUGCCACCACGGGCGAGGCGCCGGCCACUCUCCUGCUACAGCGUAGACUCCGCACCCGUCUAGAUGCCGUCAAGCCCUCGCUGCAGCAGGAGGUUUCGACGCGGCAGUUCGUCCAGACAGUGCGUCGCAAGCAGCGCGCACAUGAAUUCGCUGUGGGUGAAAGUGUUCUUGUGCGAAAUUUCAGACGCGGUGCAAAGUGGUUGCCUGGGCUUGUGUUAGGGCGGAUUGGACCUGUUUCAUACAAAGUUCGUGUGGAAACCGGUCGAGGUGUGUUUGCCUGGAAGCGCCACCAGAACCACAUAAUUCAAGCCAGGGAUAUGGACUUUCCGUACAUUCCUGAACAGCGAGACGACCCCGAGCAGGCGCGACCCAACAGCCCCGACCCAGUGCAGCCAGCUUCGUCUUCUCUUCCAGCCACGGCAGAGCGGCGUUAUCCUGCAAGGCAGAGGCGCCCUCCAGACCGCUAUGUGCCAUGA